AGGCGCACAAUCUAUCAUUUUAUUUAUUGCGACUCAAAUUCUGAGCCUUGAGCGUGUAAAAAACUCAGUCCAAAGUUUUUGAUAAUAAAUUUCCUAAUCAUGAUUCCUCAACUCCCCAAAAUAGUUGAAGAUGCCGACAAAUUCACUGAUAAGAUCCUUCUCCCGUACUCAUACCUUGUCGGGAAUCCGGGUAAAGAUAUCCGUGCGAAGAUGAUCAGGGUUUUGAACUACUGGAUCCAAGCGUCGGAGGAGGAUUGCGAAAAAAUUUGCGAAAUAUUAGACCUUCUUCACAAUGCGAGUUUAAUGAUUGACGAUAUUGAAGAUCGAAGCGCAAUUCGGAGGGGAAAGGAAGCUGCGCAUGUCGUUUACGGCGUCCCUCUCACGAUGAAUGCUGCCCACUUCAUUUAUUUCAAAGCGAUCGACAAACUUUUAGAUUUUUGUGAUGAUUUCGACGUAAUUCACGAAUUCCUUGAAUUAAUGAAAACCGUUCACUUCGGGCAAGGAGCUGAGCUUUAUUGGCGAGAUUGUGCUAAAGAGGAUGAACUCCCGUCAGAGCGAGAUUAUCAAGAUAUCAUUGCGAAAAAAACGACGAGCCUGGCAUUAAUGGCGAUCUCUUUGCUGAAAUAUAAGGGAACUAAUAAGACCAUCAAUUUGACAAAGUUUGUCACCAUGAUGGGUUUAAAUGGGCAAAUAUUGGACGAUUUGAGAAAUUUGACGUGUCCCGAGUUACAAAAGGAGAAAGGUUUCUGUGAAGAUCUUACCGAAGGAAAGCUAAGUUAUCCAAUCAUCCACCUCAUCAACAACAAGAAAAUUCCCAACCAUCCCGAAAAAAAGAGGAGAGUGUUGGAAAUUUUGAAAAUGAAAACGUCCAACGUUUCCUUAAAGGAGGAAGUGCUGAUCAUCCUGGAAGAAUCGGGAUGUCUCAAUUACACGAAAAAACGAUUGCAACAGUUCCAACUCGACAUCAUCGUUGAAGCCGCCCAACUUGGACCAAACCCAGAAUUGGCGAAAUUGAUUGAAGCCGUUAAAACGAAUAUGGUCCAGAAACCGGCCAUGGCAUAAUUUUUGAGGGAAUUUAUCAAGUGUUAUCAUAAGUAUUGCAUACCUAUUUUAGCCCAAAUUAUAAAAUUGGCAGGGUAAAAAAAUUGAAAUUAAUAUUUAGUGUUACUAGAGGUUAGAUGAUUGUUAUAUUAACUAAAAAUGGAUAUUGAGGAAGUGUUUUAAUCGUGAAUAAAUAUUGAUGUUUAUCUA